AUUCCAUUCCUCUCCUCUUCCUGCAAGUUUUUCAUAUUUUUCCAGUUGGGGUUCUGAGAAUUCAGAGAUUUGGUGAUGACGGGUUCUGGUAUGAACUUGAUUACCACUGUUAUUGGGUUUGGAAUGAGUGCUACAUUCAUAGUGUUCGUCUGUACAAGAAUCAUUUGUGGUCGACUUCGUUCAGCUCAAUCCAAUACCCCCAAUUAUGAGAUUGAAUCCAGGCUUGAUCUUGAGCAGCAGCCAGAGUCCCGUGCGAGUGGCCUCGAACCAGUUCUCAUAGCUGCUAUACCAACAAUGACGUUCGAUCGAGAGGCUUUCAGUUCUAUAGAAGAUGCUCAAUGUUCAAUCUGUUUGGGUGAGUAUGAAGAGAAGGAAGUACUGAGAAUAAUGCCCAAAUGUGGUCACAGUUUUCAUCUCACUUGCAUUGAUGUAUGGUUGAGAAAGCAAUCUACAUGCCCAGUCUGCAGGCUGCCACUGCAAGACUCCUUUAGAACAAAACCUGCAAGACCAAUGACAGUGAGCAGAGAUCAGUCUUUUGAUGGUUCUGAGAUUUCAACUGAUCAUCAUUCUCAACACUGGCUUCUACCUGGCCCCAAUCGUUCGGAGGGCAACACAAGCAACCAAUCACAGCUUCAACCCAUUCCAGUAAACCCCGCAGCUCAAAGAGAGAUGGAAACAAUACAAUGAUUAAAUAAAUUAGCUUCACUGCUGAACAGGUAGGAGCAUGAUUACACAGUUGGAUAUCCCAUACUUCUGUACAAAUCACUGUUUCCAUAUUCUUUUGCAUUGGGUAGUGUAGAUUGAGGCCUUCUCAACCAAUGCAAUGAAUUCUCAUAAUGUUGUGGAUAUCUCCAUAAGUUUCUGCGUCGUUCAAACUUUAUAUCAAAUGGAAGUCUGGCAGAAACUUUGCUGCAAUGAAGAUCUUUUCUGGUGCUUACACCAGAAUAUUGAAUCAAGUUAAUGCAGAAACUUUCACACA